GAAGAAAAUUGAGAGUGCAAAACUUCCCGUGGAAUUCAUAAAAACUCGUUAAUGGUUUUUAUGGAGAAGGCAUCAGCAUAAUCUUCAAUCUAGUCUCAUAUACAUCCAGUGUACACCAAUUCCAUCUUACUCUGUGAACCCUAACCUGAACUUUCUGGACCCAUAAAACCCCUAUAACUCGAAGAUGUGCUCCUCAAUGUCACUUUCUUCACUUUCGUUGCCCUCAAAUGCCCCCUUGUUAUUUCACCACCGUUUUAAUUUCAGUUUUCCUGCAAACCCAUGUUUCGUCAGGCCCAGAAACCUCAGGACCUUUUCAUUAUCAGCUUCAAUUGUUGAGAAAAAUUCAAGGGUUGAAUUGAAUUGGGUUUCUUGUGACAAAAAUACCCCUGACGAGUAUAAUGGUUGGGCCAUUGUGGAAGCUGCUCCCAAGACAAUAAAUAAGAAGAGUAAAGGUUUGCCUACAGCUUUGGUAAUUGGCGUUGGAGCUUCAGUUACUGUUUUACUUGGUUUUCUUGCCUAUUUUUCACUCUCAAGAAAAGGUUUUAGGUUUCGAAUCAGAAGCCCAUUUAGUGCUUUACAUGGAAUUUCAGUGCCUUUUUUAAUUGAUGAAAGAGACAUUGCUACUGAAAAGGCUAGUUCCAAUGUGUCAUUGGGAGAUCAGGAAGUGCCUGAAGAUAGCUUAGAGUCUGAGGCAGUCACUGAAAACAUGGCAACAGAUACGAGCCAUAGUACAGUGAAAGAUAGAAGCCUGGAGCAUAUUGUAGUUCCAUUUGCUGUGGAUGUCACUCAACAGGAAGCUCUAUUAGUGCUAAAGAAACUGAAGAUUACUGAAGACGAUGUCAAAGCAGAACAACUAUGUACAAGACGGGAAUAUGCAAGAUGGUUUGUUCGGGCAAAUUCACAACUGGAAAGGAGUAGGAAACAUCAGAUAAUUUCAUCUGCUUCACUUUCUGGUUCUACAUUUACUGCAUUCGAUGACGUAAACCUGCAAGACCCUGAUUUUCAAUUUAUUCAAUCACUAGCUGAGGCUGGUAUUAUUAGAAGCAAACUAUCAGAAAGAAGCUCAAGCACUAGUCUGGAUGAUUUAGAAUGCGAUGCAUGCUCCAAUUUCUGUCCUGACAGGUUUGUAUCUCGGCAGGAUCUGAUUGGUUGGAAAGCAAAGGUAGAACAUGAAGUCAGACCAGAAAUUACUGAAGAGAUGUCAAGUAAGAACAUUGGAUUUCUUGAUGUGAGAGAGAUCUCUUCAGAUGUGCUGGUGGAUCUUUUCCUGGACAUUCUAACAGAUGAAAAGAGCAUACUCAGAAGAGUUUUUGGACAGAGCAGGCGAUUUCAACCCAGAAAACCAUGCACAAACGCCCAGGCAGCAGUGGCACUGACCAGUGGUAGAAUGAUGGAAUUUAUACGUGCUGAAAUAUUAAGGCUGGAAGCUGAGAAUUCUUCAAGAGAAACUGAAAUUGAAGAAAUAAAAUCUGAGCUUCUAGAGAGAGGUGAGAUAAAGCAGAAAUGGAAAAGAAAGAUGGAUGAAGAAAGAAGUCGUGGUUUAGAAGUGGAAAGGGACUAUCUUUCAGCCGUCACUGCUUUGGAACAGGAGAAGAUUGUUCAAGAGAAUGCUUUAGCUGAGUUUUUGAAGCAGAAGGCAGCAUUGGAUUGUCAGAAACAGUUGCUUUCUACUCUAAACGAAGAAGUCGUAGAGAGGUCAGAAAGGCUUGCUUCCGAGCAGACCAAGUAUAUAAAUGAGCAGCACGCUGUACAAGAUAUGCUUGGGACUUUGCAGGUGAAAUACGAAGGACUACAUGAUGAAAAAUCAAUAUUGGAAGCUGAAGUGGAAGCCAUUCGUAUACUAAGAUCUUGGAUUGAGGACGAAGCAAGAAAAAGCCAAAUCCGUUCUAAGGUCCUUGAGGAGGCUGGACGAAGGUGGAAGUGGAUCAAUCAGUCGUGAGGUCGUCUAGCUAAUAAAGAACUUCAUUGGGGAACUGCCUGAAGAAAUAUGCUCUAGGGAUGAACAGGCCAGAAGCUAUGUUAGGAACCUGGGUCAAAACUUUUUAUCUGCUAGGAUGCUGAUAUUGUGUGCAUUGUUUUUGCUUGUGAAAUGAAAUUUAAAGUUUUGUUAAGAUUCUCAAAGCUCUGUGAAAUUCAACAUUUUUGUUUGCUAAUAAGUUCUUCAUUAACUGCAGUGCAGACGGCACUUGACAUAUCUCAAACUUGACUGUUUUACUGCGCCCUGGGAACUGUGGGAUUAUGUUUGGCAUGUUGAAUUAGAUUGUAGAAGCAUUUAUAAGUUUUAUUAUUUAGAA